CUUAUAAACAUUUCUGAUGCAGCAGGCUUACCUCAGUUAGUCGGACGGCUUUCGUAAUCAUGGUCAAAGCUAUCUUCUUGCUGAGCUUCCUAGCGACAGCCGUCAUCGCUGUCGAAGUGCAUCGAUGUGGUGAUGCCUAUCCGCACCCCACUGCGGUGGUUAUUCCGGGAUGCAACGCCAUGCCCUGUCCGGUCCCUAACAAUUCGGAUUUCAGCUUUGCGGUCGAGUUUGAAUCGUCUAUCGCCACCAACAGCCUGGCGGUGAACGUGACGGCGUCAUUGGGUCCGUUCAAUCUGCCGUACGAUACACCCGAGCAUCUACGCGAUGGAUGCGCCAAUAUCGAUGCCAAUUGUCCGCUGACGGCCGGCCAGAGGGUCACUAUGCGGGGAACAGCCCCGGUGGAAGCUCCAAUCAUUGGAGUUACCGUUCGGAUGCGGUUCGAGAUUACCGGUGAUAGUGCCCAAAAGGUGGUUUGCUUUGCCGCUGAUGUGAGGCUUGUUGCUUGAGGAUGAAUAAAGAUUCGAAUUGUA